CUCGUAGGAGUAAAUACAUCACCAAUUCACAUGCUGGAAUGAAUCGUAAUUCGGUCGUUGUGUAAGGGUCGGCAUUUUGGUGACGCGCCUCAGAACCUAAUCGCGCACAGCACAGCAUUCGAGCGACCCAGGUGCCCCGGAACCUACAGUUCCGCUUCAGCUUACAUCAAAAAGUCCAAAUAUCUCAGCGGCUAACCAUCCUUUCACACCUUCCGCGAAGGAGCAUCCCGUCUAGACCUUACCUUCCUCGGGCUCACCGCAAUGAGUCCCCAACCUCCAGCAGCACCUGGGGCGCUCUCGCCCAACCCGGGAAUCCCCCAGCCCGUCCCAUAUCAAGUCUAUCAGCAGGUUCCAGUUGCUGCGGUUUAUCCCCCCGUGGGGGGUGUCCCGCAACCCGCGGGCUUUUACCCGCUGCCGCCACAGCAGGCACAGCAGCCACACGUGGUGUACGGCACGCCCAGCGCCAUCGCCAUUCCGCAGGCUGUCUACGUGCAGCAGCAGCAUGCAGCUGGCUUCCACGAGGGUGUGUGCUCCUGCGGCGGCGACCUGGGCCCAGCCCGCUGGACCUUAGCCGCCUGGCUCAUGUGCAUCUGCUGCUGCCCCUUCAACUUCUCCUACCCGUACUGCACGCCGGAAGUCCGGACGUGUCAGCGCUGUGCCAAGGAAUAUUACAAACCCGUAUAAAGGGCGGCUGGGGACGCAAGGCACCGAGCGAAGAGCACCAACUUUUGAAGUGCUUGGGUGGUGGUGGAGGGCUUCAGGGUUUUCGGUCGG